AUGGCGUUGAUCAUCGACUUGGUUAAGAAGCUCGUUAAGCUGGGAGUCCAUAAAAAGAUCCUCCGCGCGGCGCCCUUGGUGUCGGUGCUAACCGCGUUUUGCGGGGUGCUCCUCCUCUUCACACUUCCCUUGGACGGACAGUACCGCCGGACGUACUUCUCGGAAAACGCCUUGAUGCCAGCACAAGCUUACGCAUACUUCCGCGAAACCGAUUGGAACGUGGUCCGCGGGUAUCGUGAGGAAGUGUCGCGGUUGGAGGGGCUCUCUACCGCGGAACGUAACGGCGUGGUGGAGCAGUGGAUGACGGAUUUGGGGUACAAGACCGCAACCCACGACUUCCUGGAUGUGGCAAAGAACGGGCUGGAGAACUUGUACGCGAUCUGGCACGCACCGCGCGGGGAUGACACCGAGGCAAUGGUGGUUGUGGCGCCGUGGAUCACAUCUGCGGAUGAGUUUAAUGUUGGUGGGGUCGCACUCACGCUCGGGCUCGCACGCUUCGUCACACGGAUGUCCAUCUGGUCGAAGAAUAUCAUUGUGGUGUUCCCAGCAGAUAAUAGCGGAGUGUCGCUCCGGUCCUGGGUCGAGGCGUACCACACAAAACUAGACAAAACUGCGGGGUCCAUGGAGGCGGCGUUGGUGUUGGAGUAUCCGGGUGUCAUGGACUACUUUCAGCACACGGAGAUCUUUUACGAGGGUUUCAAUGGCCAAUUGCCCAACUUGGACUUGGUUAAUACCGCCAUCCACAUCGCUGAGCACGAGGGGAGUAAGGUAUCGAUCCAGAACACCCUGUUUACGGAUUUACAAAGCAACACGUACGUCUCCCGCUUGAAGAACUUGUUCUCUGGAAUUGCCCGCUUGGUGCUUGCGGGUAUCAACACCAACAAGGGCUGUGAGGCGUUCAGUGGCUGGAACGUCCAGGCUAUCACUUUGCGUGCGGUGCCGGGUACCGGGGGUGGCGACAUUACUACUUUCGGCCGUAUUGUCGAAUCAACUUUCCGCUCGGUUAACAACUUGUUGGAGAAGUUCCACCAGUCGUUCUUUUUCUAUUUGCUCGUGGCUCCCAGAAACUUUGUUUCCAUCGGGACUUAUCUUCCGUCGGCUGUGGCCAUCGGCGCUGCCUUUGCCAUUGCGGCCGCGGGUAUCGUAGUGACGUGUGGGAUUGCCUUGGAUGUGCUAACCCUGUACUUAUGGAGCUCCGUGGCCAUCUUUAUCGGCAUUGUUACCGCUACGUUUACAUUGUUUAGCAAUCUUGAUAAACUCAACCAUUGGCUCCAUGUGCCGUACAUCGUGAUCUAUAAUGUGCUCCUUGUUGCCUUUGCCGUGGUUCCGCUACUCCCAGUGCUCCUCCCGGGGGUGUUCCGUAUCUCCGUCUUCAAGAGCCAGUCUAUGGCGUUCAUGUUCACGACCUGUGCGGUCUUCUACAUCGCAGUGAUCUUGACUCCGUUGCUCGUAGUGCACUUUUCGCUCGCCUUCACCGUCGGCCUCUGCUGCUUACCGUUCACCGCGGUCAGACCAAUUCCGCCGUUUGCCGUCCACACCAUUCACAAGUUCCAGCCGUAUAUUAAUGCCACUGCCUUAAUCGCCGCCUCGCCGUUUACCGUGAUAGGUGUAGUCUGCUGGCUUGGUGGUGUCUACGAUGGCAAAUCUACGAGUGCGUUCGUCACGGCGUUAUUUGACACGGCGUGGAACGACAUGGGAUGCUGGACGUGGCUUGUCGUAGUUGUUGGCUGGCUUCCGACCUGGAUCGCGUUGUGUGCCGUGUCUUGGGACGAUGGGCGGUGGUUUGUGGGGGCUGUUCCAAAGAACGACUAGAACCAAAUGAAGCUGGGUGGGCUUACGGGCAAAGGCUGUUUAAUUCUGAUAGUUCAAGCCAUUGUCGAAAAAUGCAAAGUCUGUUUAAACAGGCAUACUGGCCUUACUGAUGUACAUAUGGCUUUAAACUGAUAUACCUAUUGAAUGGGGAAUGUAGAUGGCCCUAAAGUAGCGGAUAGCACUCUCUGCUGAAUGCGUAAUGUGACAAGACCGGCCAAAUGACAGGCAGCAGAGCUUGUUGUCUAACGAGAUAUACCCCUAACAAAACAAUCCUGCGAAAGCAGAACCAGUGAGAAACGUUCCUCCAAUAUGAUUAUUUCCUUACUGUAUUCGGACCGCGCAGUG